UCCAGUCAGUUGCAACCAGAUUUUCCACGAGAACAAAGCUAUUCGGAGGAGCAAAUAAAAAACGCGGAGCGGCGCAGUUUUCAAUUGUUUACUUGAAACUAUAUACCCUAUAUAGACCCUCUUCACAUACAGGGCUUUCAUAUAAAUAAUAAUGGCUAGCGGAUCCCAAGGGCGUGCCAAAGAAUUCGACUUCAAGAUACUGUGCGAGACCUUUGCCGAGAUAUGUCCAGACUUUCGAGAUGUUCCCGGCUUCGGAUCCAGGUCGGAUAAGAUGGAGAGCUUGGACUUCGCCAAUCGGGUGAUAUUCGAGUUGGGUCCAACGAUGCGGCAGCUGAAACAAAGUGGCAGGGAUCAGAUGUGGCGUCUGGUUUUCAAUGGAGGCGGCAGUGUCUAUAUCUAUACUUAUACGUUCCAGAAACCGAUCAGCGGACAGCCGCGCCUCGGUGGCGGAAAGCUUUAUCUGACCUUGAAGCAGGCGGGUUUGCUGGCCGUUAAGAAGCUCUGUGCUUUGCUGCCAGUGUAUCACGAUCCGCGGGAUAAAAUUCUGCUGACUCCGCUGGCUAGAGCUGUCUUCGAUCCCCCGAAUAUUCAGAAGAUCGCCUCUGGGCUGACCAAUCUUCUUGGGCGCAGAGUGGACUGUAGCGAUGUGGUGCGGGCUGUGAUCAGCAGUUGCCAGAGCGAUGGUUUCCACUUGGAGCACAGCGAGAGCCACGUCGCCCUGGUGGCCGUGGGUGCCACAACCCGCGAUGCCGCCGAACGCAAAAAGUUAAGAAGGAAAACCAUAAAGCAGUACACCAACCAUGGCAAGGUCUUUGACCUCAAUCAGUACAAGAUCUACUCUAGAUAUUCCAAGAUGGCUAGUCAAAUCGCCGAGGAGCCACCACUUCCCGAUCCAGAGCCACCCAAAGAGAAACCACCCGUGCGUAUCCGCAAUGUUAGUGAGGUACUACGUUCCAUUGUAAAGUCCACCGAUGAUCCACUGAGUGGCGAAACCAUCGAUAUGAAGUUCAAGGCUCCACCGAAUCGGGAGAAGAGAGCCGAAGUGGAGGCUAUGCCAACGUCCAUGGAUGUCCGUCUUGAAGGAACCAGCCUGGAGCGCAUAAGAUCCAAAUUACUGGCCCCAGGUCAGCAAUCCGGUUGGUCAGCUGGUGGUUCUUAAAAGGGAAAUAUUAAACAUUUUUUUUAAAGUAUUUUCCUUUUUAUUUUCCCAUAUAUAAGUAU